GGGAUUAAAACUAUAAAUUUAUUUAUGAUUAGAUGCUUCAGAUUUAGGAAUAGAUCCGCGUUUACACGUCGGCGUGGCGGCGGCGGCGGCGGCGGACAAGAAGGCGACCGCCGUUCUCAUCUUCGAACUCAGGACCUUUUGUUUGGUAAAAACUUGGCGCUAGAAUAUGGACCCUGAUGACUUCAUUGGCUUUGAAUCAUCAUCUGCAAACAACAGUAAUGGUGAUCUCGGAGGAUUAGAAUCCAAGAAUUUUGAAAUAGAUUCGCAUUCUAGAUUAUCUUACACGAAGAAAGAUCAUUUUUAUUCAGAGAAUGGUGGCAAUUCUGUGGGAGAAGAUGCUCGCGUGCUGGAUAUGGAGCUAAAAGAUGGCAUAUAUACACAGACCCCAGUUCUCUAUGAGAGAGCUGUGUUAUUUGGUUCUUCAGCAUUAGAACAGGCAGAGCAAGAUACAGUCGCAGUCAGAGAUGCUAUGCUAACUUGUGGCGCUUCCAACAGCCUUUUGAUUGGUGAAAGUCCUAUAACAGGAGUAAAAAGAGCUCGAUCGUGUGAUGUUGAGAAACAACCAUCUGUGCAAGUAGUAUUCAGCUCAUUAACAAGAGAUAGCAAAAGGAAGCUGGUGGAACUUAUGCAGCAGUGGUCUCGAUGGCAGGCACACAACCAGUUUUCAUCGAGUAGACCUGGAGAUGAGUCCUUAGAAGAUGGUGAAGAGACAUAUUUUCCAGCAUUACAUGUUGGCACUGAGAAGUCGAACACAGUGACAUUUUGGAUGGAUAGCCAAGCAAGGCGAGAGGUCGAUAAAGACAAAGCAUCAUUGGAAGCUGAUGUUCCUUUCUAUGAUCGAGGGUGCACUUUAGGCUCGAAUUCAGUUGAUGGUUCAGGUGACCGUGAAGGGAUUGCGAUUUUGGAAGCCUCCCGGUGUUUCAAUUGUGGCUCAUACAGUCACUCGCUCAAGGAGUGCUCAAAGCCACGUGAUAAUGAGGCAAUCAACAAUGCACGCAAGAUGCACAAUAGCUCAAGGCGAAAUCCAACUGACCGUGCACGAGUUCGAUAUUAUCAGAAAACUCAUGGCAAAUUUGAUGACUUGUGCGCCGGAGUUCUAGGGUCUGCAACGCGAGAAUGCUUGGGAAUUGGGGAAAACGAUCCGCCGCCUUGGUUACAUCGGAUGCGGGAAAUAGGAUACCCUCCUGGAUAUUUAGAUGAAGAUGCAGAUGUCGACCAGCCUUCUGGAAUCACCAUCUUUGCCAAUGAGACAAAUCAGGAAUUCGAGGAUGGAGAACUCCCGGAACGGAGUGACCCCGAGCCUCCACGGAAAAAGAUGAGUGUGGCCUUUCCUGGAAUAAAUGCACCUGUACCAGACAACGCGGAUUCUAGGAGAUGGGGCAUUCCAUUCACUGGAUCAGGUUCUAACUCAUCGAGAAGUCAUGUCCAUCAAUCCAACCAUUCCUCGGACCACCAUAGAGGGAAUCACAUUCAAGACAAUGGCACGCCUGAAAGAGAUCGAAGACUCUCUUCCUCCUAUCCAGGUUAUUCGCCACGGUACCACCCCUACAAUCACAACUUGAGUUCGAGGAGCCCAAACUUCGGGAGGUCACUAUUCGAGCAAGGAUGGGGGCAUCCCUGUCCCAGCCCCCGCAGCCCAUACCCUUAUACCCCAGCCCUGCUAUCCCCUAGGGAUCACUAUCACUAUCAGAGUUAUGAUCAUCGGAGCAGCGAAGGGUCAUUUAGAUGGGAACCCGAUUCUUCCUCGUUCAACAGGUAUGACUAUCAUUCUCACAACCACCAUAAUUGUAAGUGAAUGACGCAGACACCAUUGUUGUAUCCUUAUCGAUUGUUUGGACAGCCGAACAUGAACUAAUAUAUUGAUGCAGAUUGGAUAAAAUCAUCAGACUAAUGUUAACAUUUAUGCCCUAAUGAAGAAAUUUAUUAGUGUUGUUAAAGUUUCAACA